AUGGGUAACGCAAUGGGUUCCCGGAAGAUGGAAGCGGCAGCGAUGGCUUCCGGUAAAGUCGUAUUAUCCGACGGACGAGUACAAAACUUAGAGGAAGAGACGACGGUAGCUGAAAUCAUGCUAGAAAACCCGCAACACGUAGUUGUUGAAUUUGAUCCAUCAUCAAUAUCAUUCAACGUUCGCGGCCGGAGAAACAACGAUAAAAAGACGGUGAAGAAAAAGUUGAGUCCUUUACCGGCGGACAAAACACUCGAGCAUGGAAAAAUAUAUUUAGUGCUUCCUGCCAAAAGAAGCGGUGGCGGCACCACGGCCAAAUUGUCAUCAUCGGCGGCGAUGACGUCAGAGGAGAUACGGAAAAUGCUAUUUAGCGCUACCGCGAUGGUAAGGUCAUCGUUUAGCUACUAUGAUGGGAUUCUUCCUUGGUUUACUACUAGAAGUAGUUAUAAUAUUAGUAAUCAUCCGGCGGCCGAUGUGGUGGUUGCUGCUACAUCAGUUGGAAGAUUGGAGGCGGAGACGGAGGAGGAAGAGAGGCCGGAGUUUUUGAGCCGGCAAUUGUCCGGAAGAGGGUGGAAACCAAGCUUGGAUCCCAUCAAAGAGAAGAAAGCAAAAAUGAAAAUUCAUCAAAGGUUGUUGUUUUAA